AUGUCAAACAACACAGGACCACAUGCAAGAAAGAUGCUGAAGCGAUCUUCUUUGAUAUAUCUAUCGUGCAUCUUAAUUGUAUGCAUACCGAUACUUUUGCAUAUAUACCGGCCUCCAAACAGAGGAGAUGAACACGUCACCAUUCAGAAUAAAGAAAAGGCAAUCACGAGUCCCAAAGAACGGAACACCGAAGAGUUGUUUUGCGCAGUGACCAACCCGGUCACUGGAUCAUACAUCGAUCUAUCACAACUUUCAUCAACUCCAAACAAGUUAAGAGACGGUCAAGAACAGAAAACCGGGAAGAAUAAACAUGAAUCCUCCAAGACGAAAUGGUCCGUGAGAGGUUGGGGCUACGACACCAACUUUACAUUGGGGAUCUGCUCCAGCCCCGUUGGCGAGACUGAAAUUCAACAACUGUCUAACCUAACGGGUGCGUUUUACGUGGACCAUGAAGAUGAGGAUAGCUUGGUGUCGAUUGGUGAUUUCAGUACAGAACCCGUGCUAGUUGGUGGCUCGUCCACCAAGAAACUGACUUUGAAAUACGAAAACGGCUCGAUAUGCCCGAAUGGUAAGGACAAGAAGGCGACCUUGUUAAAUUUCGUCUGUGACAAAGAGAUCCAGUCCAAGGCGCAGAUAGCGUACAUUGGUAACCUGCACAAUUGUUCCUAUUUCUUCGAAGUGCGCAGCAUCUAUGCCUGUCCUACAUCGAACAAGAAAAACGAAGUCAACGUUGUGGGCAUCUUCAUCGGGAUCUUCGCCAUUUUCUUCCUGGUCGAGUUUGCCGGCAGAAGAUGGAUCUACGCUAAAUUGAACAGACACUUGAAAAACAGCGACGAGCUGAACGAAAUAUCGCCGUCUUUGGACGAGCAACCUCACUGGGACCUCAUAGAAGACGGAUCUCGCUGGAGCAGAUUCUUCAGCGGAAUCGCCAAGUCAGCGAGAAGGUUCACCAAGUCGCUGGUGAGCCCUCUGUUCGGAGGCAGGAACAACGGUCAAGGCGGCAUCCGACUAAGGACGUCUCCAUCUGCUUCCUCCUCUAGCCUUGCCAACAGAGAGUUCUUCAGAGACAUGGAGGCACAGAACGAAAUCAUCGACAGCCUGGACAUCAACAGCCAUACCACAGAAAGCGACCACCCGACUUUGGCAGGCCAGAGCGUUUGA